CCAACCACCACAACCCACCACCACCACACUUGCGGAGAAUUCUUUCAAUCGCCGUCACUCCUGCGGAGAUUUCCCUCAAAGUCUCCGACAAUUCAUUCCGAAGGGGAUGAACAACACCCACUGACUGCCUUGCGACCACCAUCCCUCGUCCACAACGACCUCCUCUUCUUACAAUACGACUCGCUUCGCACAAGCUGAUUGGAAUCCCUCUCUGACCUGCUGAGGCUUCGGCCUGCAGCUAACAAUCAUUUCCAUCAUGGCUCCCAGACCGGCAUCCGUUAAUGCAUCCCCUCUACUCACCGACAUCCUCCCCGUCCUCGACUCUUCCGCUCCAGAGUCCUCCAUCCUCAUGCUCCCACCUCCCGAAGUCCUUCCUCCUUCCCAUACAACGUCACAAAUUCCCCACGAUGUCCUCAAACGCGCCCCAGCAACAACAUCCAAAGCGACGAAAAUAGCAACAACCAACAAACCCACCUUCGUCGGCGGCGCCGGCGCCGCCUCCCCCGACGCCUUCAACAACAACGCCAUCCUCGCCCUCUUCGCCCUCCUCGGCGCAGCAAUGGUCAUCGUCGCCAUCUGGUUCUUCUUCUGGGCCAAGAACGGCGGCUUCCACUUCCGCGAGGGCGACUGGGAAGAUUACAAAUCCACCGUGCUGCGCCGUAAGGGUCCUGAUGGCCGCACUCUCAGCAAUGCCACCAAGAGCACCAAGCUAGGCGGCAGCACGAUUGCAGGCACGCAGCAGUUCAAGUGGGCGAAGCAGCAGGCCAAGUCGGUUGUUAGCUACGAUGAGAAGGGACGGAAGGGGAUUCUAGGCAAGCGCGGAUGGGGCAAGACGCACAGCGUCACGUACGCCGACGACUUUACGGACUACGGCGGUGGCGGGCGCGGGCGUGGUCCCAAAACAAUCUCCGACGAAAUGUCCGAACUCAACGUCCAGUCGCCUAGCCCUCCGCGUCGUCCAGCAGGCUACCGCGACCGCGACGUGCAGCAAUACAAGAAGGAAAAAGUCGCGCGCGUCGGCGGACUCAACCGCGUACACGACGGCAGCCACGUCGACACGACCGACUACUCCGACUCGGACGCCACGCCCGCCCGCAAGCGAGAGCGCCGCGAACCGCACAGCAGCAACGACAAGGACCGCGCCGAGCGUCGCGCACGCGCCGAAGCGGCGAAAAUGGAGCGCAGGUGGAAGCAAGAAGCAGAAGAAGCAGCAGCCGCAAUCGCACGCGAGCAACACAUCUCGGCUCCCACCCCGCCCCGAAAAUCCGCCGCGCCAUCCAAACCCUCCCCCGCUGCCAACAGACAGCGCCGCGAGGCCUCGCGCUCCGCCUCCCCGAAGAAACGCGAUUUCAGCUACCAAGCGGAUCCCCGGCCGGAAAGCGAGGUGUUUAGCUCGACGUACACGGUAACGAAUACGUCGAACCGCAACUCGAGUUACUACGAUGCGUACAGGCCACGCGCGAGCGAGAAUGUGAGGUAUAGUGCUGGUGGAGAGUAUGCGGCGGCGAGGCAGAGCUCGCCGACCAAGAAGGGGCCUACGCGCGGGUAUAGACGGGGUGGGGACAGUGACCUUGAUUGAGGACAGGUGGGAUGAGAUUGGAAUGAGCGCACACUACUGGCGUGUUCGAAGGAUGGGAUGGUGCUACGAUCACUGGUGAUGGACUACAGACGGGAUCGAGAAGUGUAGAUAGGAAGGAAACGGACAUGAGAGCAGACGUGCUU